GCCGCCUGGCCCGCUGGCAGUGACGAUCGCUCGUGGGGACCGAGGGGGAACCGCCGAGGCGCGUUCCAGGCGGGGGUGCCGCGGGCGCCCCCCGAACGGGGCGGACGGGUCGGAGGAGGCCCGCCCUCGGCCCGCGGCUCCCCGCGGGGUCGUGGCAGGUGGGCCGGGCUGGACGCGGCCGGUCUGCCCGUUCCCACGGAGACUCGCUUUCUCCGCGAGAGGGAGGGGCCACCCUAAAAUAUGUAAAUUACCCAAGCGCUGUCUCCAGGCUGGGGCGCCAGCUCGGGUCCCGGGGUCCUCGCCGGCUGCAGGGUGUUUUCCAUGCAAAUGAGAAGCCUGACCGGAUCGGCGCUGCCGCGGCCGGCGGAGGGGUGAUGAGCCGGAGCCGGGGCGGCCCUCCUGCUUCCUGAAGCCCUUCCGCAGCGCUUCUGGGGCGCGCUUGGCGCGGAGCGGUGCGCGGGGCUGCCGCGCGGGGGUCGGUCGGCGGCCAUGGCUCCCGUCGCCGCCGGGGUCAGUAAGUAGGAGCGUGCCUGUGGAGGUGGAGGGGGGCGCACGUGCGUGUGGGCGCAGCCCGCCACCCACUCCCCCGCGCGCACCGCCCCGAGCCUCGGGAGCAAGGAGAUUGACGGGCCGCCGCAGUCGCCUGCACGACUCGGGCUCUUCCUGGAUUCCGCCCGGAGCCUCGCCUCGCCUGGCUGCAGCUGCCGUCUGCGGAGCCGGGCCGGAUCCCCGAGCUUCCCUGCGCUCCCCACCCCACCCCUCCGCCCCAUCCGAGCCUCGGGAAAGGAAGAUCGGUCGCCUUGGGACUGCAGGGGAGGGCAGAGCCGGUGGACGCCCGGGCGUGCUGCGGGCCGCGCGGCUGCUAGGCCCGGAGGGACACGGCUUGGACACUGUCAUCCCCACGCCCGGGCGCUGAGAGCCUCCUGGCGCAGUGGGGCUGCCGCCGCCGCCGCCGCCCCUCCGGCUUCCCGGGUGCCGGAUCCCGGGUCAGCCCCGGAGGCCUCGGUUUCCUCAUUUGUUUGGGUCUUUUGUGCCGUGGCUCACACAGUUGGCUAAGCACUCCGGCCGCUGAAUCGGGCCAUUGUCUGCGCUCCCAUUGCUUUCACGCUGCAAGUCUCGGCGCCCCCACCCCGCCCGCCCCCUCCCCGCCUCCUCCUGGCCGCGGAGCCUCCAAAACGUGCCUUUCGCCUCCCCCCCAGGAAUCUGGAAGCUAUAAGCCGAGCGGAUUGCAAAUGAAGUGUAAUGCAUUGUGGGACGUGUGUAAAAUCGGAGCCUUCGCCGUGGGGGUGUGGGGGGGCGUGGGGAGGGCCGGACCCGCUGCUGGCGGUGUAGACGCCGACGACGACGAGGAGGGGCUGGGAAAAUGUGCGCAGAGUCCGCCCGGGUCGUGCCCGCCGUAGACGGAUGAAGCAGCGCGCUGCGCCCCGGCGCUGAGGCCCCGCGAUCGGGGGCAGCAGGUCGCCCUCCACACCAUGAAGAAGACCCGGAGCACAACCUUGCGGCGAGCCUGGCCUAGCUCGGAUUUCUCAGACCGGGCCUCGGACCGCAUGAGGUCCCGCAGCGAGAAGGACUACCGUCUGCACAAGCGCUUCCCCGCGGCCUUCGCGCCCCAGGCUUCGCGGGGCUACAUGACAUCAGGUGAUGUAUCACCAAUCAGUAUGUCUCCCAUCAGUCAGUCUCAGUUUAUUCCACUCGGGGAAAUCCUUUGCUUGGCCAUCUCAGCAAUGAACUCAGCGAGAAAACCUGUCACCCAAGAAGCACUGAUGGAACACCUGACCACGUGUUUCCCAGGUGUACCAACCCCAAGCCAAGAAAUUCUGCGGCAUACCCUGAACACGCUGGUACGGGAGAGGAAAAUCUACCCAACUCCAGAUGGUUACUUCAUUGUGACCCCACAGACCUAUUUCAUAACCCCGUCCCUCAUAAGAACUAAUAGUAAAUGGUACCAUUUGGAUGAGAGGAUACCUGACCGGUCUCAGUGUACCUCUCCACAACCUGGAACCAUAACGCCCUCUGCCUCAGGCUGUGUCAGGGAAAGGACAUUGCCCAGAAACCACUGCGACUCUUGCCACUGCUGCCGGGAAGACAUGCAUAGCAUGCACGCCUCCACUCUGCAGAGGAAAGCCACCAAGGACUGCAAAGACCCCUACUGCCCGCCUUCGCUCUGCCAGGUGCCACCCACUGAAAAAAGCAAAAGUACUGUCAAUUUUUCUUACAAGACAGAAACUCUCUCCAAACCGAAAGAUAGUGAAAAGCAGUCCAAAAAAUUCGGGCUCAAGUUAUUCCGGCUAAGUUUUAAGAAAGAUAAGACUAAACAGUUGGCCAAUUUUUCCGCCCAAUUCCCUCCUGAAGAAUGGCCCCUGCGUGAUGAAGACACGCCAACCACCAUCCCUCGGGAAGUAGAGAUGGAAAUCAUUCGGCGGAUUAACCCGGACUUGACCGUGGAAAAUGUCAUGAGACACACUGCACUAAUGAAGAAACUUGAAGAAGAAAAAGCUCACAGGAGCAAAGCAGGAUCUUCGGCCCACCACAGUGGGAGGAGUAAAAAGAGUAGGACUCACCGAAAGUCCCAUGGGAAGUCUCGGUCCCAUAGUAAGACCCGGGUGUCUAAAGGAGACCCUUCGGAUGGCUCCCAUCUGGAUAUCCCUGGAGAAAGAGAGUAUGACUUUUGUGAUCCCUUAACCAGGGCCCCAAGGGAGGGCUGCUUCAUCAUCGAACACAAAGGAGACAACUUCAUCAUGCACAGCAACACAAACGUGAUCGAACCCCACUUCCCCAUGACACCAGAAUGGGAUGUGUCUGGUGAAUUGGCCAAAAGGAGAACUGAAAUGCCUUUUCCUGAACCUUCCAGGGGAAGCUCCCACUCAAAAGUGCACCGAAGCCACAGCCAUACCCAGGACCGAAGGUCCAGGAAUGAGAGAUCCAACAAAGCCAAGGAGAGGUCCAGAUCCAUGGAUAACUCCAAAGGUCCCCUGGGUGCUUCUUCUCUCGGGACUCCUGAUGACCUGGCUGAAGGGUGUAGCCAAGAUGACCAGACCCCCAGCCAAUCCUACAUCGACGACAGUACUUUAAGGCCUACCCAGACUGUUGGUCAUCAAAGGGCUCACAUCUCAUCCACGAGCUAUAAAGAAGUGUGCAUUCCAGAAAUAGUCAGUAGCAGCAAGGAACCUUCUAGCGCAUGUAGCCUUUUGGAGCCAGGCAAACCCCCUGAGAGUUUGCCUUCCUAUGGUGAACUCAACUCUUGUCCAACAAAAACAGCUACCGACGACUAUUUCCAGUGUAACACCUCCAGUGAGACGGUGCUCACGGCACCCUCGCCUUUGGGGAAGAAUCAGGAGGACCAUGACACACUAACCUUGACAGAAGGGGUGAAAAAGCUGUCUCCAUCUGAGAGGCAAGUCCCCCACUCCUCCAGGGAGCCUGCUGGGCACAAGGAAGAGUCACCCAAAGGGCCCGGUGGAGGCCCUGCUGCUUCAGGUGGAGUGGCUGAAGGAAUUGCCAACGGACGCCUCAUCCAACACCACAGCGCUGAGCCCAGCAGCCUAGACAAGAGAAAAGAGAUAUUCAGCAAGGACACCCUGUUCAAACCUCUUCAUAGCACCUUGUCUGUAAACAGCUAUCACAAAUCCAGUCUGUCCCUCCUCAAAGCUCACCCCAAAACACCUGCUGACACACUGCCAGGCCGAUGCGACAAACUGGACCCUUCCCUUGGGACGUCGGCAGCACAAGCCAUGCCCACUUCCCAGCGCCAGCAAGAGUCUGGAGGGAACCAAGAAGCCUCUUUUGACUAUUACAAUGUCUCCGAUGAUGACGACUCUGAGGAAGGGGCCAACAAAAACCCAGAGGAGGAGAAAAAUAGAGAUGAUGUGGGCACUAUGCAGUGGCUCCUGGAGAGAGAAAAGGAGCGAGACUUGCAGAGGAAAUUUGAGAAGAACCUUACCCUCCUCACUCCAAAAGAAACAGACAGUAGCAGCAACCAGAGAGCCACCCAUUCCGCCAGGCUUGACAGCAUGGACAGCAGCAGCAUCACUGUAGACAGUGGAUUCAACUCCCCACGUACUCGGGAGAGCCUGGCUUCCAACACAUCAAGCAUCGUUGAAAGUAACCGCCGUCAGAAUCCUGCUCUGAGCCCAGCCCAUGGUGGAGCUGGCCCAGCCUUCAACUUCCGUGCAAGUACAGAUCCCCCAACCAAUGAAGCUGAGAAAUUACAGAAACCUUCCAACUGCUUGCAAGCUUCUGUUACUAGUGUGUGAUAGUCCUUCUGCCUCAGAUCAUCUGUCUCAUUCAAUACAGCAAAGUUUACGACACUGGGGCUGAUGUUUACAUCUUUGGAAAGACAAGCAUCUCCAGUGCAGUUUGGAGGUUUACUUCAACUGUGCUGCUAAGUAGGCUAGGGCAAAAAAAAAAAAAAUCUUUAUUUCAGAGUAUUGCUCUUUUCACAUUUAUGGCUCUGUAGCAACCGAAUAGCAGUAGGGGUGAUAUGUAUACUUUUGCUUCACUAAUUGUAGCUGAGCACACAUAGGAAAGUCUAGACACUGUAAGUGGAAUAUGCAUUUUCAAUGUCAUGCAGUUGCCAGUUUCAUUUUUAAAUGCCACAGAUACGUGUUGCUACCAGUCUGUGGUUAAAUGGGGCCACAGAACUGAUCCUUACCACUUCAAAAAAAAAAAAAAAAGAAAA